GAGAAGCGCUUUCUCGCUAACAACAGUCAGAUCAUUUUCAAAAUAGCUACUGAAAUCCGUGCAGUAAUUGCAGUAUACGGAUACUAUGAAGAGCAUUUUCCUCAUGUCGAAGUAAAUGAUAUGCGGCGUAGUUUCCCAACAUUCAGCCCUCUUUUAGACAAGAUGACUUAUGAUAAAGAUGCAGACCCAUUGACCACCGAAGAGCUUGACACGAGCGGUUUACCUGAGUUGAAACCAAAUUUAUGCUCUGAUGCGGUGAUUGUUGCUGUUGGCUUUAACGGAACUAACUUGAGAAAAAUUGUCGAGGGAAGAGGCCAGGCAAUCAGUGUUCCAUAUGCAUUCGAGGAAGAACACAUUCAGGAAGUUGUCGAGGCUGUGCUCUAUAAGUAA